GCGGAGCCCAGUCAGUACCUCACAAACUCCGGCUGUGAACGCUGUCGCACACUCAGUGUAGUGUCGCAGUUAUCUGGCCGCCGUUAAAAUCUGCACCACUAGUAACUUUUUUUUAUCGCUGAUCUGCCUGAUAUCGUUCUGAGGGCCUCUUGAACCGAGUCAGCCUCGUUGGGACAGCACGUCGACUUUUACUACAUAACCAGCACACCGAGUUCGACUCCUGCCUCACCACCAGCCAACGUCCUUUUGACAACCAAAAAGAUGCGAUUCCCCAUGAUGAAGCUCUUCGUGGUCCUGUUAGUGGCUGUUGCGGCUGCCAGUGGCACUACCCUAAAUCCACAAGCAUCUAGUUCUGAAGUUUCAGGAAAGUUUUUAGAAAUUAUGAACAAUCACUUCAGCGAUUCUCUAAAAUACCUCUAUACAAGCAAGCAGUAUGAUAGCCAGUACAUGCAGCGCCCUGGUAUGGCCAAAUACCUGAUGGAAGCCAGCGACUUUGAGUGGGAACAAGGGCUUGACUUCCUUAAGAAAUACAUGCAGAGACAAGGAAACAUCGCGGAUUUCAGGGAUAAACUGGUUGUGUCGGGCAAGGGAGAGCUGACAUUUGGAAAUGAUGAAGAUAAAUUCGAGAAGUAUUUUGGAACUUUCACGAACUUGAUUAGCGACGCCGAAGACAAAUUCAAUCAAAUGAACCACGUGGAAUUAAGGACAGGGAACAAUGUUGAUUACGAGAUCUGCCACUAUCUCGAUGACAAGCUGGAGAAGAACGUCGCUCGUAUCUACGAAUUGAAGACCCACAGCACAAACCUGGAAAAGUUGAAGUCACUUGGAGUCGCUGUCAACGUCUUCGAUUCGGCCCUGUAACUCACUCACGGGUUUCAUCUUUAUUUUUUCCUUAACAUUAUGUCCAUACUGUAUUGUGCGAGCUUGUAAUUCCGUGAAGUGUUAGCCUUGAUAUCAAACUUCACUUUUUUCCCAGAUUUUGCAUUAGUCUGGUAAUUAUUAGUGUUUUUUUUUCUUGAUUUUAGAAGCAGUUGUCUUUUCAUGCCUGAUUGAAUGUAAUAUAUAUGUUGUAUAUUAUUACAGCAAUGCAGGAAAGUAUAUGUUAUUCAUCGUCAAUAUUAUUUAAGUCAUAUUAUGAACAAAUCCUUGUCAGUAUGUCGAGAAUUGUCUCGUAUACUCUACAUUACAACGAUAUAUCCUUUUGUCACAACAACUUUCAAAGGGGAAAACUUCUAGAAUAUGUAUGUGUAUGAUCUAGAAAAUAAAACAGAGAAAGUUA